AGGUAUCCUGACCAACAGCAGCCAUGUCUGAAGGGUGAGUAGUGACUUUAACGUCUCUUGAUCCAAAGCUUGGUCAAAAUGUAUGUUAUGUAGAGUCAAUUAACUGGUCUUGUCUUGUUGUUGUUCCUUACCAAUGGGGAAAAAGACCGGUGAGUUCUUUGUUCUUUAUCCACAUCAACACAUCCAAAGCAGUUGUUUAUAUACAGAGGUCAGUGUAUAUUGUCUAUAGUGAAAAUGUUUGUCUCUUUCAGAAAAAGUAUUCGGCAACACGCCGGCUGCUCCUAAAGGUAUGUUUCACUCUCAGGCCUCGCUGUGUUGAUGACGAUAGUAGGCCUAUGACAGAAUCCACAGAAACAAGGAUGCGUUAGUUAUCUGCAUGUACCCCUACAAUAUGGAUACAUAUUGAAUCCUGUGUUAAAAAUUCCAGGUCUUCAGACAUGGACCUACCCUUUGAACCCCUAGGUUGUCCCUUUAUUUAGACUGCCUGGCUGCUUAUUGGUCCUUCGAGACGGAUAUGGACAACCGCUAUUGGGGACAACCGCUAAUUUAGAAUGGGAACAACCGUUAUUGGGGACAGCCGCUAUUGGGGACAACCGCUAAUUUAGAAUGGGAACAAUCAUUAUUGGGGACAGCCGCUAUUGGGGUCAACCGCUAAUUUAGAAUGGGAACAAUCAUUAUUGGGGACAACCACUCAGUUACCCUUACACACUCUUAGAAAAAAGGUUUUCAAAAGGGUUCUUCGGCUGUCCCCAUAGGAGAACCCUUUUUGGUUCCAGGUAGAACCCUCUGUGAAAAAAUGGUUCUACCUGGAACCCAAAAGGGUUCUACCUGCAACCAAAAAGGAACAGCCAAAGUACAAUUUAAGGUUCUAGACAGCACCUUUUUUCUAAGAGUGCAGCUACACCUUUUAUUGAGAAUUAAUUAUAAUACAUGAUAAACAGAUAGUGUUAACUUCAAAUGAGAAGAGAUGUUAACCUGUAUACCAAAUGCCACAUUAAAAGUGAUUAACUGUUGGUGAGAAGGAACAUUAGCAGGGGUUAACUGCUGGUAUUGUCUUUCCUCAGACCAAACUGCUGAAAAAGGCAGGGAUAAUGCUGGUGGCUGAGUUUGCGGACAAGAAACGUGAAAGAGAGAGCGCUCUGAAUGAGAGAGCCCCACCCCUCAAACUGUCUGGCCUGUCUGUGCAGGAGCUACAGGUAAGUCUUAAUAUAUAUAUGACACUUAAUAUAUCUAUAAUACUUAAUAUAUAUAUAUAAUACAUCAUAUAUACUAUAAAAUACACUGCUCAAAAAAAUAAAGGGAACACUUAAACAACACAAUGUAACUCCAAGUCAAUCACACUUCUGUGAAAUCAAAUUGUCCACUUAGGAAGCAACACUGAUUGACAAUAAAUGUCACAUGCUGUUGUGCAAAUGGAAUAGACAACAGGUGGAAAUUAUAGGUAAUUAGCAAGACACCCCCAAUAAAGGACUGGUUUUGCAGGUGGUGACCACAGACCACUUCUCAGUUCCUAUGCUUCCUGGCUGAUGUUUUGGUCACUUUUGAAUGCUGGCGGUGCUUUCACUCUAGUGGUAGCAUGAGACGGAGUCUACAACCCACACAAGUGGCUCAGGUAGUGCAGCUCAUCCAGGAUGGCACAUCAAUGCGAGCUGUGGCAAGAAGGUUUGCUGUGUCUAUCAGCGUAGUGUCCAGAGCAUGGAGGCGCUACCAGGAGACAGGCCAGUACAUCAGGAGACGUGGAGGAGGCCGUAGGAGGGCAACAACCCAGCAGCAGGACUGCUACCUCCGCCUUUGUGCAAGGAGGAGCAGGAGGAGCACUGCCAGAGCCCUGCAAAAUGACCUCCAGCAGGCCACAAAUGUGCAUGUGUCUGCUCAAACGGUCAGAAACAGACUCCAUGAGGGUGGUAUGAGGGCCCGACGUCCACAGGUGGGGGUUGUGCUUACAGCCCAACACCGUGCUGGACGUUUGGCAUUUGCCAGAGAACACCAAGAUUGGCAAAUUCGCCACUGGCGCCCUGUGCUCUUCACAGAUGAAAGCAGGUUCACACUGAGCACAUGUGACAGACGUGACAGAGUCUGGAGACGCCGUGGAGAACGUUCUGCUGCCUGCAACAUCCUCCAGCAUGACCGGUUUGGCGGUGGGUCAGUAAUGGUGUGGGGUGGCAUUUCUUUGGGGGGCCGCACAGCCCUCCAUGUGCUCGCCAGAGGUAGCCUGACUGCCAUUAGGUACAGAGAUGAGAUCCUCAGACCCCUUGUGAGACCAUAUGCUGGUGCGGUUGGCCCUGGGUUCCUCCUAAUAUAAGACAAUGCUAGACCUCAUGUGGCUGGAGUGUGUCAGCAGUUCCUGCAAGAGGAAGGCAUUGAUGCUAUGGACUGGCCCGCCCGUUCCCCAGACCUGAAUCCAAUUGAGCACAUCUGGGACAUCAUGUCUCGCUCCAUCCACCAACGCCACGUUGCACCACAGACUGUCCAGGAGUUGGCGGAUGCUUUAGUCCAGGUCUGGGAGGAGAUCCCUCAGGAGACCAUCCGCCACCUCAUCAGGAGCAUGCCCAGGCGUUGUAGGGAGGUCAUACAGGCACGUGGAGGCCACACACUCUACUGAGCCUCAUUUUGACUUGUUUUAAGGACAUUACAUCAAAGUUGGAUCAGCCUGUAGUGUGGUUUUCCACUUUAAUUUUGAGGGUGACUCCAAAUCCAGACCUCCAUGGGUUGAUAAAUUUGAUUUCCAUUGAUAAUUUUUUUGUGAUUUUUUUUGUCAGCACAUUCAACUAUGUAAAGAAAAAAGUAUUUAAUAAGAUUAUUUAAUUCAUUCAGAUCUAGGAUGUGUUAUUUUAGUGUUCCCUUUAUUUUUUUGAGCAGUGUAUAAUCCAGUAUAUCAUCCAUAGUAGGAGCUGGUUAUAGAGGUGGAGAAUCAUCCAUAAAAAUAUUUUACUCAACAAAUCUGCCAAUAUAGAAUUUAUAGAAUUCUCUAUACUCUAUAAAUUAUUUAUUUUGCAAUUGAUUGGCUAAAUAUUUUAAAUGAUAUGUAAUUUCAAUAAUACCGUUAUCUGUAAUUAAUGUGUUGUUGGUUGUCUAUUCUACAUUAAAUCAUAUUCUUGCAGGACCUCUGUAAAGACCUACACAAAAAGAUUGAUAUCGUAGAUGAGGCACGAUAUGACAUGGAAAUCAAAGUGGGGAAAAAUGAUUUAGAGGUAUGCUAAAUUCUCUGUUAUUGUGUUUGAUAUAUUCACCCAACCAUAAACCUGUCCACAAUGACAACACAUCCUAUAGAAUUUAUCUUACAGUAAUUGAAUGAUUACAUUCCUAGCUAUAUUAAAUAAAAAGUGGAGAGAGUGUACACCCCUAUCUUGUGCCUCCAUUGCGAAGGAAAGUAUUCCUAAUCAUUAACAGCAAUAGCAAUUGACUGAUUGGACACAUGCUAGAUAAGAUAAUAUUGUACUUUAUUAAUCCCUUUUUAAGGGAGAUCUGAUCUGAUUACACCAGCCAUACAAACAACAACAAUAAAUACACAACAAAAAUAACAGACAUUAAAAAGCAGCACAUCAUCAACACUGUCCACAGAUUAAGUCGCUGACCCAGAAGAUCGACGAGAUAAAGGGGUCGAAGAAGCCUACUCUGAAGAGGGUGAAGAAGUCUGCUGCUGAUGCCUUGCUGGGAGCCGUGGCCGACACUGGCAAAAUGAAGGCUGACUUCACAUCCGGCCUCAAGAAAGUCAAGAAGGAAGAGGAGAAGGUUUGUUUGUUUUUAGACCACAAUGAGGUCUAAAGCUGUCCCAAAUGGCACCCUAUUUCCUAUAUAGUGCUCCACUUUUGACCUCUAGUCUAUAUAGGGAAUAGGGGUCAAAAGUAGUGCACUAUAUAGGGAAUAGGGUACCAUUUGGGAUGCUACCCUAAUCUUCCAAGGGUCCAUGAAAAACAGAAAAUACAGUACCUGAUAGUAUUUUUGGUAUCAAACCUAAUGAUAUGAUUUCUGGUCUCCACAGAAAGAGGAGGUGACUGACUGGCGUAAGAAUGUGGAUGCCAUGUCUGGCAUGGAGGGUAGAAAGAAGCUGUUUGAUGCUGGAAAAUAAGAAGGUAUUGAUUAUGAUUAGCAACAUUGGCUAAAGUACCCUUUAGGACACAUGUCAAACUAAUUCCGAGUGUCUGCGGGUUUUCACUCCUCCCCUUGUACUUGAUUGAUGGAAUUAAGGUCACUCAUUUGUAAAUAGCUCCCCUCACCUGGUUGUCUAGGUCUUCAUUGAAAGGAAAAACCAAAAAACCCGCAGACACUAGGUCCUCCAUGGAAUGAGUUUGACACCCCUGCUUUAGGACAAUGGAAAAUGUCUGUUGCACGUAUUAUAUAUUGUCAAGGAGUGCUUCAAUACAAGCUUAAAUACAAGCUUAAAUACAAACUGAAAUACAAACUUAAAUACAAGCAUUCUUAUUCUCAUCUCUUUCUCAAUUCAAAUAUUAUUGUAGGGUCCUGUUGUAACCACCAUUAAGAGAGAAGUAUGCCAAGACUGCAAGAUCCCACAAAGAGAAGAGAGAGAGAGAGGACGUCAGUUCUAGAAGAGAGGUGAAUUUCAUGUUGUGAUAUGAAAUAAUUUAUAAUGAAUCAUGUCAACCAUGUCAACCAUGUAAAUUCUACGUGUGUGUUCCCCUGUUUAAUGUGAUAUGAGAGUUUGCUCGUUCACAGGGAAUAUUGUUGAUAUGAUAUAUUGUAGAUAUAUUAUAGAUAGUUGUAGAAGAUAGAUAUGUUGCAUGUAAAUUAUGUGUUGAUAGAAUCAGUUAUUUCUGAUAUAUUGGUAGUAUCCCUUAUGGAAAACCGACAUGAUUUCACAUGUGAAAUUUUCAAGUUUUGCACAUGUAAAAGUUUAUUGUGAAACCAUGUGGUUUUGGAACACUUCACAUGUGAUUAUAUUUCACAUGAAGUUUCACAUGUGGAUUGUCACUUGUGAUCACCUAACCUUUCACAUGUGGAUUCAAAUUUUCACUUGUGUAUAUUUUUCACGUGAGAUUUCACAGGUGACGAUGCCCUGCAUACAAUCAUCUGUUAUUAGGAUGUCCCCCGGAAUGUCACAAAAUAGUUGCAGUGUUUUCAACUUACAUAUUUGACACACAUGAUUAUAUUGUGCAUGUUUAUUUCAGUGGAGGCUGCUGAGGGGAGGACGGCUCAUAAUAAUGGCUGGAACGGAGCAAAUGGAAUGGCAUCAAACACAUGGAAACCAUGGAAACCAUGUGUUUGAUGUUGUUGAUACCAUUCCACUUAUUCUGUUCCGGCCAUUAACACGUGCCCGUCCUCCCCAAUUAAGGUGCCACCAACCCCAUGUGGUUUAUUUAUACAGUAAUUACUAUUCAACAUGUCCUCACCGUCCUGCCACACCGCCAUGUCUGUGUCAAUGACUGAUUUCACCUGUAUUCAUACACUUUGGACUUCAAAGUUAAUCUCAGCUUUGUUAAAAAUACACUCAAGAAAAACAAUUAUAUUGAUCAUAGUGAUUCAGGAGUAACAUUAAAACAGAAUAAUAUGCCCCACCAACAUUAGACAACUAUACAGAAAACCCUAAAAUUGCAGAAAUAAAUCAACUAAAUCAAUGAUGAGAGAAUAGUCAGAUUAAAUUAUAACACCAAUAUCAGUGCAGAUGGUAUUAUUAUGCAGAUGGUACAGCAGAAAGACCAGCGGACCCCGAUUUCCAGUUGGGGUCAUAUUGAAAAAUAAUGUUCAGUUUCACAUGUGAAACCAUAUGUAUUACAUUUAGAGUUCAUAUGUUAACACCAGCUUUUCACAUGAGGUGAGUAAGAUGUUUGUGAAAUGUGCAGAUUCACAUGUGAAAAACCUUCACAUGUGAAAAUCGAAUUUAGCAUUUUAACAUGUGAAAAACUUUCACAUGUGGAAUUGCAUUUUCACAUGUGAAAAUCGAAUUUGUCACGUGAAAAUGUAUCAUGCAUAUGUGGAACUGCAAGUUCACAUGUGAAAAACAAACUUUGCAGUUCCACACGUAAGAAACGAAUGAAAAUCUAACCUUCACAAAUCGAAUUUGCGGUUUUACAUGUGAAAAACAUUCAAAUGUUGUCACAGGUGUAAUUUCAUGGUAUCACGUUGAGAUUUACAUCUCCAAUGUUGUCACAUUCAUUUCACAUGAGAUCAUGUUUUCAUGUAUUUUCAUGUUAUCACAUGUUGCUUUUACAUGUUGUCACAUGUUAUCACAUUAACUUCACAGAAGCUCACGUGAUCACGUGAAAUUCCUGUGUUUUUUUCCGUAAGGGAUUGCAGUUCUGUAGGUGGAUGGAUAACUCUCAAUAUCAUCUGAAUUGGUACACUGUAGCUAUUGCAGGUAGGACGACGCGGUAAGACAGGAAUGUGACGACAUUAACUGUACAGUAUCUAAACGUUGUAUAUUUUCAGUUGAUUUAGCAAAACAAAAGAUGGUCGCUAUUGAGAGAGUGAAGCCAUGUUAUUGUGGUGUACAGACUUGGUGUAGCCUACAUACAUUUAAUUUGACUGAAUGUACAGAAUUGGUGUGCAGACUGCUACAUUUGACUGAAUGGUUUAAAAGUUAUUUCUUUACUUGAUAUGAAUGUAAAUGCCACUCCACUAUUUAAUAAAAAAGAGCUUGAUAGUUUUGCAGUCUGGUGUCUCACUUUUUAUUACUGUGGAAAGAUGGCCGCUGCAGGUUUUGGGAAGUUCCAGAACAACACCCUCUCUUCCCAUCUAGGGCUGAACAAUGGAAGAUACUGUAGUGUAGUAGGGGACCUGACACUGGGAUUGGGGGAGUUCUAUAUACAUGAUAUAGCGUUUAGAUGUUAUGGCCUGGUUCGUCAGGAUGAAAAGACAGUCGACAGAGGGUUUAUUUCAGUUAUUCACUCACAGGAGGCCAUAAAAGUUAUCAUAUUGUCUAGUUAUUCUAUUGUCCACCAGUGAAGCUCUGAAUAGCUCACUCUUCCAGCUUUUCUUCAUGCAGAGAAGAAGGUAUGUUUCUUUAGUAUCCGACGUGGCAUGGGAGCAUGCUCUGAGAUCAGAUAUCAAGAUAUCAAGUUAAUUAUAUAUCAUUUUAUAUUCCAAUAUCAGGUACGUUUGAAUCAUUAUGUACAUGCAGUUUCAUAUUUCUUAUACUCAAUUUAAUAUUCAAAAUUAAAUAUUCAAUAUAUAUUAUAAUAUGUUCUGUUCACAAUUGACUAAUGUCUACCAUUGUUAUUUAGACACAUUCUGGACAAGAAAGAUAUUUGAUUUUUAAAAAUAAAGAUAUUUAGAUCUUUAUGAAAUAGGGGCAGAUGUAUGCCUCUCAAAAAUAUAUUUCAAAUCAAUUUCUUUGAACAAUCUAUGGUAUUCAGGCAUGUCCUGUUGCUAAUAUAAAGGCUAAGGGCCUGCGUAUUACCAAUACCUUGACUUGAAUAGUUCACAUUCAAGUUUCAGCUGCAUGGGCUUCACUCAACAAGAGGCUUGAUAUAGGAGAAAUACACAAGGUUGUGAAGCUAAAACCAUAUUCUAUUCUACAUGCAGGGAGAUGCGUUUGGCAAUUAUCCUAGAAAUAAGCCAUAGUUGACGAGUUGAGGCUACGGACUAAUUGAUCUGAUUCUUAGCUUCAGACAUGUGUAAAAGUUGUGUACAUUAACUUGUCAGCAAUGUUGUGUUAGGUAUGUUUUUUUUUUUUUUUAAUGAUUAUACAGUAUGGAGAGAAUAAGAAAAUAGGAGAUAAAUAUAAUCCUAUUUAUAACAGACAGUCACCAGAAAAAGAGGUAAACAUGACAUGUAGUUAACCUCUAUGUUCAUGUAGAAAAAGCAGAAGAUCGCUGCAUCCCGCUGACUGGCUCUAAAGGUAUUGUCCUCCCCAUUCCCCACCUCUAUGCAAGACACAAACGCUACACAUAGGAAACCAUUCUUAUCUGCUCCUGCAUCGUCACUUUAUCACACGGAUAACAACACAGUCAAAUAGAUCUCAGGAGGCCUAGGACAUCAUUUAGCUUUGUAAUAACAUGUAUUUAUUUGAUAGGAGAUACUUAGUGGCAUUAAUCAUGCAUUAUUAUAUUAUAAUUCCGAAUAUUCCUCCUGUUAUUUCAGAUCAAACUGCUGAAAAAGGCAGGGGUGAUGCUGGUAGCGGAGAAAGAGGAGAAGAGGCUGGCGAGAGAGAAUACUCUGAGUGAAAGAGUUCCUCCUUUCAAGUUCUCUCUGCUUUGGCUCUCGUUGACCUUCAGGUAUGUCUCAGGUGUCAUAGGACUGGGGUCAUAGGUCACAGGGGUUGAUUGACUCCAUCAAUCAUGAGCCUAACUGGAACAUAUUUGAUGGUGUAGAGAACUGCACCAUAAGGUCGAUGUUGUAGGUGAAGAGCGGUAUGACAUUGCUAUGAAGGUGUCCAAGAAUGAAAAAGAGGUACUUAUUUACAUGUACUGUAUAUGUAAACAUUUACAUACACAAACUCUGUGUAAAACACUACCGUUUGCGUUGACAUUAUUAAUGCUUUGUAUAGGCUAGGGUUUGUUCUUUAUAUACUCAACAUACUGUACUACGCUAUAUUUGCCAUAGAUUGAGAAUCUGAAUCUGAAGAUAGUUGAGCUGAAGGGUAAAAAGAGACCUACCCUGAAGAGGGUGAGAUAA